GGAGAAGAUGAUUGGGUAAGGUGCGGUAUGUUCUAGGUGAAACAAUAGAUAAGUAUUUAGACUAAUUAAAUCAAACUUCCAUUCACUAAACUGAUACUUAAUCGAUGUGUUAAAUAAUUGCAACAAUAAUAUGAGUGUAUUAAUAAAUAAUUCUGAUGCGUAACCAACAUUCAAAUUUCACAAAAAUGCGACCGGUUUGCAUAAAUAAAAAGAUGCAGUUGGUAGACGGUUAGAAUUUAUAUUUUUUACCUCAACAAUUAACUCAUCGACGACGCGACGCCAAUUUUCGAAACGGAUUAGUCUUUAACAUGUUGUCGUUCGAAGAACCUAACCAGUACCGUUUAUCUAAAACGGGUCUUCUCGUUAGUAUAUAAAGUAGAAAAUUUUCGAGCCGCGACUCACAUUAAAAUGAGGCGCAUCCUUUUGUUUUUAUUUGUGUUGGUUGUCGUAGUGGACAUAACUUUAGGUCGGACACCUUUUCAAGCUCCAUCGUUCACAGUCCGGGAAAAUGAGGAAUUUCCUCUGAAUUUGGAACCAGUAAUAAUUGAAGAAACUGAAUCGACCUCAAAAUUAAUUGAAUCUGAAAAUGAAGAUCAAAACGAACAAUAUUUCGAAGAUCUUACACGGAUAGGACGGAUAAGUUAUAAUGGAAAUCAACUUUGGAAAGCAGUGGUUGACGACAUAGAAAAAAUUAAAGUUUUAACCAAUUUAAGAGAUGAAAACCAUAUAUCUAUGUGGGGAGGUAAUAGGACAGCGAUAGACAUAUUAGUAAAACCAAAUUCUUUACGUACUGUAGAAGAAGCUUUCAAAGAAAAACAGAUUAACUUUGAUGUAAUUAUACAAGAUUUACAGAAAGCCAUUGACGAAGAGAAUAACCCAAUACAAGAAAACACAGAUAGACAAGGUCAUCGUUUAACAUGGAAUUCGUACCAUAGGAGCCAAGACAUCCAUGAUUUUCUUAGGUAUAUCAAUGAUACGUGCCAUGAAAUUUGCUCUGUAAAGACAAUAGGGUAUUCCGUUCAAAAACGACCGAUUAUCUUAGUGAAAAUUUCAAACGGUAACCCAUCUAAUAAAGCAGUUUGGAUUGACGGUGGAAUUCACGCAAGAGAAUGGAUUUCACCGGCUGUAGUAACCUACAUAAUUAAAUAUUUGACUGUACACUUUGAAUCGGAACCGAACUAUAUGCAAAACAUUGAUUGGUACAUAACACCUCUGAUAAAUCCUGACGGGUACGAAUAUACUCACACUGUCGAUAGACUGUGGAGAAAAAAUAGAGCGAGGUCCGGACAGUGCACCGGAACAGAUUUAAAUAGGAAUUUCGGCUAUAGAUGGGGUGGACAAGGAUCAUCAAAAAAUCCUUGCAGUGAAACAUACGGUGGAUCGAGUCCUUUCUCAGAACCAGAAACAGAAGCUAUUAGGAAAUUUAUAACAGGAACUACAGCUAAAUGGAGAGCAUAUAUUUCUUUUCAUUCUUACGGGCAAUAUAUAUUGUAUCCUUGGGGAUACAACAGAGCUGUUCCUCCAGAUUACCAAGAUUUAGAAGCAGUUGGUCGAAAAGCAGCAACAGCUAUACGAAAUUCAGGUGGCCCAAAUUAUACUGUCGGACCUGCUGGAACUACCCUUUAUCCAGCUUCGGGUGGAUCAGAUGACUGGGCCAAAGGAGCCAUCCACAUGAAAUAUGCUUACACAUUGGAAUUAAGGGAUAAUGGAAGGCAUGGUUUCAUACUGCCAGCAAAUUUCAUAAACCCAACAGCUAAUGAGGCAUUAGCAGCUGUUCGUGUGAUAGUGGAAGCAGCUCAUAAAGCGUAGAUAACCAAAAGCAGAAAUAAAUUUAUUAAAACAAUCUUUACAUGUAUCUUUGAUAAUGCGUGGUGCUACUGUACAGAAUAAAAUUGGUUUUUAACCAAGAUACCUUUCUCGUUGGAAAUUAUUUUCAAUUUCAUUCACAUAUUAGUCAAUAUUGAAAUUAAGAGGACCUAUGUUAUGUCAUAUAUUUUAGUAUGGUGAUAAGUAUUUAUUUUUCAAUAAUCUUAAUUCAAAGAUUUCAACUUUCAAAAAAUGUGGGAACUUAUAAAAGCAAAUAAAUAAUGACGAAAAUUAGUAAUUUCAUUAUAGAAAAAUAUGUCCUCUCAAAUAUAAUAUGUUGCCAUAAAUAUGUAAGAAUUGAAUAAAUGUCUGCUUAAUAUGAAUAAACUUAUGUUGAAAAAAUAA